AUGAACGAUCAAGCUCAGAUGAUGAAUCAGUCGCAGCAGCUUCCGAUAAUGCAAUCCCAUCGGUUGAUGAAUAAUCAGAACUCCCAGAUGUUGAUGAAUCAGUUAAUUAAUCCUUCUCUUGUGAUGAUGAAUCAGUCACAGUCGCAGGGGAUGUUGAACAACCGAGGUGGUCGUUACGGGAUGUGGCCGCCGGCGCUACCGGAGCAGCUCAAGUUCCAGAAUCCGAACACGAAACCUUCAGGUUUUGUUCCGUCUUCUUCAAAACCUAUGGGGCCACGAAACAACAAAAACUGGAAGGGGAAGAAAGGAAAUGACAAACGGAAUAACAAUAAUUGGAACGAAUUAGGCAAUGUUGGAGUAGGUAAUUAUAAUCCGCCUACUCUCAAGGAACUACAGCAACAAAAUCGAUUGAAGGCCAGAAGAUACUUUUCGAAGAAGAAACACAAUCAUGGUGGUAAAUCAGCUCCUUUUGCUCCUAGAAACACUACUUCCUUCCUCAUUCGUGCAAAAAAAGCAGGAGGGAUUACAUCUCUGGUUUCGCCAUGUCCUGUUACUCCUUCUGUACUCCCUACACCUAUUUUUUCUCCAUCUCGAGAGGUUUUAGUUGACAUGGCGAAAGAAGAAUGGGGUGUUGAUGGGUAUGGGUCCAUGAAAGGGUUAAUCAGGCUUCGAUCUCCUGGAAAUGACGAAGAAGAUGAAGAAGGUGGAUCAAGUGAAAGCGAUGUUGAGGAACAUUUGGAGGUGGAGAGGAGAUUAGACCAUGAUUUGAGCAGAUUUGAGAUGAUUUACCCAAACCACGGUGGUGCUGAUCAUAAUAGCUAUCUUUUGGAGAACAGAGUUGAUGAUCAGGAUACACAUAUAGCUCAACUGGAAGAAGAGAAUCUGAUAUUGAAAGAGAGAUUGUUCUUGAUGGAAAGGGAGUUUGAUAACUUGAGGAAGAGGUUGCAGAGUUUGGAAAGGGGAAUGCAAGGAGGACAAGGGUUUAUGGAAGAGGUUGUUGUGGAGAAUGAUUCUGAGAAUGAUAGUGGGAGUCGUGGCUAUGGAAGGUCAGUUGAAGAUACUAAUGAGCUAAUGGAAGAGAAUGAUGAUGGAAAUGGGAAUCAGUCUUCUGAACCAAAAGAAUCUAACAAUGGUGAAAAGGGUUUGCAGGAAAUGGAAGUGUUAAAAGAUGUAGGCCUAUCAGAUGUUCAUAAGGAAGAUAAUAUUGUGAAAAACGAAGAGAAGAUAGAUGUUGAGAUUGAAGAUAUGGUAGAAGUUGAAAACAGGUGCAUGUUUAUCUUUUUGAACUUUGAAGCCUGUGUUCUCGAUCUUUUGGCUUCAACUAUAUGA